AUGAGCCAUACAAGCGACUGUCUUCGACAUCUGCUAAUUACUGUUACCGCCGUACUCCAAGUACGAGAGACUGGGCAUGCUGUUUCGGUGCUGGGGCUUGGCCAUCGUUAUCACAGCGUAGGAACCGACCGCUGCGGCAAGCACUUUCCACGACGAUUCUAUGACUACUCCACCACCAACUCCGUGCCUGUAAGCUCGACUACGCUGCAAGCUCCAUGCACAGCUCCUAGAACAAACGAUGUUCUAGCGCCGACAUAUGGGGACAUGACUCGCUCACACGAACGAAUGUGCCGCAGCCACGAGAUCGAUCACGCCCGCGAGGCCACAACGGCAGCGUACGAGGAGGGAUAUGACACGCAACUCGCAGUCAUGGGAAGCCAUGCAUGGGCUCCAGCAAGGGACCGCAAAAGGCAUCAUAUAGCCCGAGAGGCCGCGACCCGCCAUACCACAUCGUCUGGACAAGCCGCACUGGAAUGCGCACAAGGAGUGACACGGCCACUAGCCAGAAUGGUCGCGCAUGAGAGCUACCCGACCGCUUACAUUGCUGUCUCAGGUGUAGGAGCGCUACGCGAUGUAGACUGA